ACAGAACUUUGAAUUGCCGUUUUCCAGAGCAAAGGUUUGGACAUUUGUGUGAAAGUCUUGAAGAGGCCUAUAGGAGUUUAGCUCAUAGUAGUAGCCUACUUCAAAACCCAAACUGAAUAAAUAAAUAAAUCGGUGCCUCCUAAAACAAGUUGCUACAGCCAACACCAAGAGAAAGUAGCUACAGUGGACCCCUGAAAGCAGCUGGCCUGCUCCUCCUUUUCAUGGGUCAGCUGAGGGUGGUGGGGUUGGGUCUCCAUCCUCACUUUUAAAGCAACACUGAAGCACUUUCCCUCUGUCGCACCCAUGCUAUUUGUUUAUCCAGCAAAUAACAGACAAGGUAGAAUAUGUUGCAUGAUUUUAUGAAAGUAGGCCUAUGAUGUACCUAGGCUAUUGCGACAUCGAAGCAAGUCAAAUGUGUAGUUUCUGAUGUCUCAUGAGUCAUUUCAUCAAACUACAGAUGCACUACCCCAUCUUGUACAUAGUGUGGUUAUACUGUAACCGAUAUAGAGGACCGCAAAGUGAAAGCAGAAGUGCCGCUCACCUUGUUACGAGUUGAUGAACCCCUGAAAUGAUUUUGGAAACAUUAUUUUAAGGUACGAAAAACUCUUUAGUGUUGCUUUAAGGAAUGCAACUACCAUUUGAAAUGUCCUAACGUGCCAACAAACAAGGAGGUCCAAGGUUUAACACAUGAGGUGGUAAAACCUUUUUACAAUAGCCAAUUCAACAGUGAUUUUAUUGCACUGCAAGUUGCAAUGAAUAGGCGAGCGCAGCAUAGGCUACAGAACAACAAAAGUAGCCUGCUGUAGGCUAAUAUUAACACAGGUCGCAGUAGUAGCACUUUAAUUUGAUGUUAAAUAAAACAUAUAACUCCUCGCUCAUAAUGAAAGGAGAGAAGAGGAAUGUACAUUCGAAUACAAAGGGGUGUCCAGAACAUCUAUUUAAUACUGUAUAUUGCUUUCAUAAUUUCUAUGAAAACAAAUCUGACGUCACCGGUAGAUCUCGCUGCUGCAAGAGGUCAGUUGAGGACAGUUGAACUUGAAUUACACGCCCGACGUAGCCUAGUCACUCAAAUAUUGGGCAGUGCUCUUUCUUUUACUAUCCAUGGCUGUGCUUCAUCAUGAUCUGAACCUAUGAACUGAACCCACAUCUGAUGUGAAGGCUAUCGAUAUGACUGUCCUUCUAUGCAUCUCAGAGUUUUUGGACAUUAAGAGUGUUUUGUUGUUUCUUUCGGUUUUCCUUUUAAUAUAUGACUAUGUCCAAAACAAACUGCCAAAGAAUUUUCCUCCUGGGCCGUGGUCAUUGCCCUUCAUAGGCGACAUGCAUCGUAUUGAUUUCAGCGAAAUGCAUCUACAGUUUUUCAAGUUCGCUGAAAAAUAUGGGGAUAUUUUCACUCUUAGAGCUCUUGGAUCACGAAUGGUUGUCUUCAAUGGCCACAAAGUAGUGAGAGAAGCAUACAUCAAGCAAGGAGAAAACUUUGUUGACCGCCCGUCCUUACCCUUGUUCAGUGAUAUAUACGGAAACAAAGGGCUGGUUGCAUCUAAUGGAAAUAGUUGGAAACAGCAGAGAAGGUUCGCGCUUCACACCCUGAGGAAUUUUGGACUGGGCAAGAGCAGCCUUGAGCCCUCCAUCCUUCAAGAGUGCAGUUAUCUAAAUGAAGCAUUCGCUAAUGAGCAAGGUAAACCGUUCAAUCCACAAUGGCUGGUUAUCAAUGCUGUGUCCAACAUAAUCUCUGUGCUGGUCUUUUCGGACCGCUUUGAGUACUCCAGCAAUGACUUCCAGUCUCUCCUGAAAAAUAUAAAAGAGGCUGUCAUUUUGGAAGGAAGUAUAUGGGCCCAGCUUUACAAUACGUUCCCAUGGUUAAUGAGACGAGUACCUGGCCCACACAGGGAGAUUAUCUCACUUUGGAAUAAAGUGAUUGACUUUGUAAAGUCAAAAAUUGAGGAUCAUCGUGCACACUAUGAUCCCUCAGAUCCAAAGGAUUACAUUGAUUGUUUCCUUGGAGAAAUGGAAAAGUGGAAGGAUGAUGAAGCAUCAGGCUUUGAUGUGGACAACCUGUCUAUCUGCACUCUGGACCUGUUUGUAGCAGGGUCUGAAACCACCUCUACUACCAUGUACUGGGCGCUGUUGUAUAUGAUCAAUUACCCUGAGAUACAGCGAAAGGUUCAAGAGGAGCUAGACCGAGUGGUGGGAUCUUCGCGACAGCCCUCCACAGCCGACAGAGAGAACUUGCCUUACACUAAUGCUGUGAUCCACGAGAUCCAGAGAUUUUCCAACAUAAUUCCAAUAAACUUACCAAGAAUAACUGGCCAAGACACCCAAGUUGGAGACUACAAUAUUCCCAAGGGCACAAUGGUGUUUGGCAACCUGACAUCUGUUUUGUUUGAUGAGACGCAAUGGGAGACCCCUCACACCUUCAACCCAGGCCACUUCCUGGAUGCAGAGGGGAAGUUCAUAAGGAAGGAGGCCUUUGUGGUUUUCUCUCUAGGAAAGAGAGUGUGCCUGGGAGAGCAGCUGGCCAGAAUGGAGCUGUUCUUGUUCUUCAGCUCGCUGCUCCAGCGGUUCUCCUUCUCACCAUCAGAGGGCGUAGAACCCAGUCUGGAGUUUGAACUCGGAUCCGUUCUUGGCCCAAAACCUUACCAACUGCGUGCUGUUCCUCGCUAAGACCAAGACAUCCUUUAAAAUGCUGUGCUGCUUUCCAAUAAAUAUGUGUAUUUUUAGGAAUCCUGUAUAUUUCAAUAUUGCACAAUAUUAAAGGAACCGUAUGUAAGAAAUGUAUUUCAAUUAAUCAUAAAAUGGCCCUGAUAUGUCACUAGACAUUAAGAAAUCAUGCUCAUUUCAAAUACUUAUAUCACUGACAACAGUAGUCUGGCCAGGAUAUUGUCAUUUAAAAAGUGAAGUUGCAGCCCUCAACUGAUGUUGAUGUUUACAUAUUGUGUGUUUUGGCCUGAUGCGCCACCCUCCACCUAUCUACUGAUCACAAAAUCAGUAGUGUUUCGGCAUCCGGGUUGCCAACUUCAACUCAGGGAGGAGGGGGAGGGGAUACACCACUCUACAAUAUUUUGAAAGUGAUUGCAGUACCAGUUUUGGCCAGAAUCCUACAUACGGUUCCUUUAAAUAACAAUAUGGUGUGAAUUAAUUCUCAAAUAAAAUGUGCAUGCUUUAUUUCUAUUUGUAUGAUUUCUGAACAGUGUAUAUUGCAAAUAAUCAUUCAGAUUUGUUUCCCGCACAUUCUAUUGGAUA